AUGCUCGUCCAUGUGCAGGAGGUGCCUGGCAUCAUAAAGGUUCGACACCGUACAUGUGUAUUGUUGCAAGGUGGGCUAGACCCACGUAUCAUGCAAUACAUAGAUGCAGCAGGUUUGACCGAGUUAUUCAAGGUUCCUGAUAUGGAGGUCGACCAUGCUUUGAUCACGACCUUGGUCGAGCGGUGGCGUCCGGAGACGCACACGUUCCAUUUACCCCAUGGAGAAAUGGGUAUCACCUUGCAAGAUAUAGAGGUGAUGCUGGGGAUUCCGGUGGAUGGGUUGCCUGUCACUGGGAGGACAAACCUGAAAUGGAGCAAAGUGUGUCGAGACUUGUUGGGCCAUGAACCUCCGCCUAUGAUACCGAACUCAAACAAGUCUACCCUUGCUGGGGUGAGGAUAAAAUACAACUGGCUUGAUGAACAGUUUGCCGCUUCCCCAACCGCGGACGCUAGUGACGAAGUUGUGCAACAACAUGCCCGCUACCACCUACUUGUAUGGAUGGGGGCCUUGUUGUUCAUGGACAAGUCGGCGGAUCGGGUCUUACUAUUUACUCUGCCGUUGUUGAACCCAAUCAGCAAUGUGAGACGGUAUAGCUGGGGUAAUGCAGCAUUGCCCUGGCUCUACUGGCAACUUUGUAGUGCAUCGAAGAAGGAUACGAUGCAGAUUGGAGGAGCACUCUUGUUGGUGCAGCUAUGGGCCUAUUCAAGGUUCCCACGAAUAUGCCCUAUUACGAGGCCGCCUCUACCACCAGUGCACUCAGGGCCCUUUGCCAUUAGGUACAUUCAUUGA